CUCCUCCUUCCACCGAUGAUUGGCCUGCAGUGAAUGAGACCAGGAAAAAGAGAGGAGGGGACUGUGGCUAAUGCGUCAUAGGCUGGCAGGGCCUCGUUUAAGUGGCUUUGGAUCUGGGAGAGAGAGAGAGAUUAAAGUGUGAGUGACAUUUUCAGCUCUCCACACCCAAAUCUCUGGAAAAUUCCUUGAGUUUUCAGUCUGCUGCGAGCGAGACAGGAACAAGCUGCAGCAGAAAACGCAGAUUAGCAAAUGUUAGGUGUUGUUUUCAAUUUCUAACUUUAGAUUCUUGUUUCGUAAUCUUGGAAUGUGCCGCACUGCCUCUCUAACAUUGUGGACUUGAUGUACUGUGGGCACCGAGGGAGAAAGACUGAAGCCAGUGCAGGGGAAGAACCCGACCACGGUCCUGUUGUCUCUGCUCGUCACCCUGGGGAAAGCUACAGUCCUCCAACCUCGUCCCUCCUCCUCCUCAACUUCAUUGACUGUUACACCGUUGCAUCGCACCCUGAACUCAGUUAUCAGGUGCAAAAGGUUGCGGAUCGGCGGGUCGCCUGUCAUGCACAUUAAGACCACUAAAUGUAACCGGUUCUGCCUGGUGGCCUCGGUGACCAACCGGGAAUUAUUCCACCACUCUGAGGUGCAGGCUGGCUUCGAGGCCUUGUUCCGUUCGUUCGACUCGGAAGUGCAGUUCCAGUACUUCAAGUCGUUUCGGCGCAUCAGGAUCAGUUUCAGAGAUGCUCUGGCUGCAGCGGAGGCGAGACUCCGACUACAUAAGACGGACUUCAACGGCAAAGAAAUGAGACUUUACUUCGCUCAGUCUGUUCACAUAGGGAGUCCUCGUCUGGAGCCUCCCAAGCCAGAGAAGCAGUUCCUGAUCUCGCCUCCUGCUUCCCCUCCAGUUGGCUGGGAGCAGGCUCAGGACGCCACACCGGUCAUCAACUAUGACCUGCUUUGUGCCAUCUCUAAACUGGGGCCAGGGGGGAAGUACGAGCUUCACACAGCAACACCAACCACUCCCAGCGUGGUCGUCCAUGUGUGCGACGACGAACGCGGCGACAGCUCGGCACCCGACGACAGCGACCAGGAUGACAAGCCCCGCCCACCACGACCAAAGAUCAUUCAGACUCGACGGCCUGACUACACACCCAGAGUUGAGCAGUGAGCGGUGUUUACGGGGGAAUCUGUGCUGUGUCAGCGCCGCCAACGAUCAGCAGCCGAACACGCUCGCAGAGGUUGGGAUGAAGCUGCGAGAGAAGGCGUCUGCGGGCGCUGCAACAUCCGGCUGAAGCAAACGAUUAGAAUUGCAUGCUGCAUUUGUGUCGACAGACCGAAGAGGGAAAUGGUUUAAAUGGACUUACUGUGCGACUGUUGAUAUCUGGUGCUCCAUUUGUCUGUUAUUGAGGUGUGAAGCAACCCGCUUCAGCUUUUUCACAUUUUCGUGGCUCGUGUGCUCACUAGCAUGGAGUCAUGACGGCGUCCAUUGCUCUGUUGUCUGAUGUAUCUGCUUGGCCUAAACGAAGCUGCUGUCUUACAGUCUUUGCUGCGACUCAGUUUUGAUUCCUGGA